UAGAUCAUUGUUUAUCUUGGUUUCGUUGGUGUAGGGCAUGCCGGCUAGUUCCUUGAGAUUCCUAUUUGAUGGACGACGGAUAAAUGAUGACGACACACCUAAGCAGUUGGAGAUGGAGAAUGAGGAUGUGAUAGAGGUGUAUCAGGAGCAGACAGGAGGCGGCUUCUAUAAACGUGAGCGUCUGUUGUCGUCGUCAUCGUCAUCCUUCAUCCAUCACAUCGAAGCUUCUCGCCGCAUCAUCUCUGUCACCUUCAAGUCACAUCGUCUGCACGCGGACAGCGCCACGCCCCGCUGACGGCCUGCCACGGUGCCACCCCGCAGCCGCCGC